UGUAUAAUUUAAAUUCUCCAUUAAACAAAGACCACGUUUAAUUUAUCGCCUACUCUUGACGAACAAGUAAAACUAAACCACUCACAUGUGUUAUAUAGUGAGAAACAUACACGAUUUGUUAAAGCAAAAAAAAAAUGGAGGAGUUUUCCUCAACAACGGUAUCGUACAGCCCAAGCUUCAGUGUCUACGCUUCCAGCGAAUGCGCCGCCGCGGCCGUUAAAGUUUCCCGCGAAAACCAGAAUUACAAUAUAACAGAUCAAUAUUCCGUUAAAGUUGAAGAAGACGAUGACUUCCAGUUCGAAACAUCACGAUCACCCGUACAUGAAGAGACCUUCUUCCACUUCCCGACGUUCAGACCUCAUGUGUCCAGCGACACCGUUUCGAUGAGUAAAAAGAAAGACGAUGAUGACUUGUCACUCGACGCUAGAAUAUAUUGUCCCGGAGGAAGCAAGAUGGAGCAUUCCGCCUUCGCCUCUAUGGUCGGAAUCUGAAGAUUUCGAUAUAAAUUCUCCGAAAAUUGUCUAUGGAGUCCCCUAAGACCUCCGGCGACUGGAGGCGGACACUCGAAGGUCAGUAAACGGUGCCGUUUAACGAAGUUCCUAACGAGAAGCCACAGCGACGCAACCAAGACUUGCUUGCCGGACAUGAAACGGAAGGACAAAUCGGCGUCGGACAUCAGCGAAGGAGAUAAGAGAAGAAAGUCUUAUUUGCCUUACAGGCAAGAUUUGAUCGGAGUUUUUGCCGAGAUGCGAAGAUUACGUCAUUAAAUAAUUUACUUCAGUAUCUAUAAACUUUACAAAUACAGCAAUUAGGUCCUUGUUUAUUUUUGUGUUUAUGUUUAAUAUGCAUGUAGCUUUUUUCUGGUGAUAUUGAAACCCUAUUCAAUUCGUUGA